AUGGAUAUGGAGGAGCAGGCCAACGCCGCCGCCACUGCAGCGCGGGAAGGCGACCUCGCCGAUGUCGUGGCCCGUGCCAACUCAAUGCCCUACUCCGCCGGAGCCCGUCGCCAAGCACCACCACCACCUCCCCCUUCUGCGGCAGCUCGCGUCAUGAUCCCCUACGAGGAGGAGAGACAACGGCGGCCUGCGAACGUCGCCUGCGGCGGCGGCGGCGGCCAGGUUACCUUUGAGGCCCCGCCGUCAACCGUUGUGGUCGACCCGUACCUUCUGGCGGCGGCUGGUGGAUAUGGGCUGCCGCAGCAGCAGCAGCACCAGCACCAGCAACUGCUGGCUUUCCAGAUCUCUGAGCAUGCGUGCUGCGCCGCCGCCGACAGCGACGACCCCAUGAGGAUCUCGCCACCACCACCACCACCACCACCGGCUCCUCAUCAUCAGAUGAUCACCAGUUAUUGCGGCAUGGCUUGCACGCAUAUACCAUACUGCAGAAAGAACGAUGUGAGGAAGGUGGUGUGCAUCCCGGCGCCGCCGGUGAUGAGCAACCGGGCAGGAGGGGGAGGGGAGGUGAUUCCAUCUGAUCUAUGGGCAUGGAGGAAGUAUGGCCAGAAACCCAUCAAGGGCUCUCCUUAUCCAAGGGGUUACUACAGAUGCAGCAGCUCCAAGGGGUGCCUAGCCCGGAAGCAGGUGGAGCGCAGCCGCAGCGACCCCAACAUGCUGGUUAUCACCUACACGGCGGAGCACAACCACCCAUGGCCUAUGCAGCGCAACGUCCUUGCUGGAUACGCUCGUGCUCACACGCACGCCGCUGCCAAGAAGCAGCAGAAGAUCAGCAGCAGUAGCUCCGCUGAUAAUGCCGCGAGCUCGUCCUCCAGCAACAGUUUCCACGUCGAGCAGAUCAAUCCGAUCUGCGGCGACCAGCUGCCCGUCAGUUGCAAGAUGCCGGAUAGCACGGCCACCGCCGGAGAUGGUGGUGGCCUGUUGUUUGAAGGCAUCCAGCCUGACGAGGUCUUUGCAGAGCUGGAGGAAUUGGAGACUGAUAAUAAUCCGAUGAUGACAAGUGCAAACGUCUACGGAUCCAGGGGGGUAAGUAGUAACUACGAGUGGCACAAAUUCUAA